AUGUACGCCACCCCCCAUAUCUUAACCUCCUGCUUGAUCAUUGUCCUUAUUAUUCUUGUCUUUCCUCUCUUAACUACCCUUAGCCCCCACCAGCGAGGCUCAGACUGACCCCUGUCACAAGUUAAAACAAGCGUAAAGAUCGCUUUCUUUACUAGCAUAGUCCCACUAUGCCUAUUCCUUGAUGAGGGGGCGGAAGUGAUCGUCACCAGCUGAACGUGAAUAAACACCCUUACCUUUGACGUAAACAUCAGCUUUAAAUUCGACAUAUACUCUAUUAUCUUCACCCCUGUUGCCCUAUACGUCACCUGGUCUAUCCUUGAAUUCACCUCCUGGUAUAUGCACACGGAUCCCUUAAUUAACCGAUUCUUCAAGUACCUCUUAACCUUCUUAAUUGCAAUAAUUAUUUUGGUUACCGCAAACAACCUAUUUCAACUCUUUAUUGGCUGAGAGGGCGUAGGAAUUAUAUCCUUCCUCCUCAUCAGCUGAUGGUACGGACGAGCCGACGCAAACACUGCGGCCCUUCAGGCCGUGAUUUACAACCGAGUAGGGGACAUCGGCCUUAUCUUUGCAAUGGCAUGAAUGGUUAUGAACCUUAAUUCCUGAGAGAUACAACAAGUAUUUUUAACUUCCGAAGACCUCGAUCUUACCUUUCCUUUAAUUGGUUUAAUCAUCGCUGCUACCGGUAAGUCCGCCCAAUUCGGCCUACACCCCUGACUCCCCGCCGCUAUAGAAGGUCCCACCCCUGUCUCCGCCCUACUACACUCCAGCACAAUAGUAGUUGCAGGAAUUUUCUUGCUUAUCCGAAUAAGCCCUUUAAUAGAGAAAAAUCCCCUUGCAUUAACUAUCUGCUUAUGUCUCGGGGCCUUAACCACGGUAUUUACCGCCACCUGUGCCCUAACCCAAAAUGACAUCAAAAAGAUCGUUGCUUUCUCAACAUCAAGCCAACUAGGUCUAAUAAUAGUCGCCAUUGGCCUUAAUCAACCCCAAUUAGCCUUCCUACACAUCUGUACCCACGCCUUUUUUAAGGCGAUACUUUUCCUGUGCUCCGGCUCAAUCAUUCACCACCUCUGAGACCAACAAGAUAUCCGAAUAAUAGGAGGGGCCCGAUUUCUGUGCCCUACUACAACGACCUGUCUGGGUAUCGGCAGCCUGGCCCUCACAGGCACUCCUUUCCUAGCAGGCUUUUUCUCCAAAGACGCCAUCCUCGAGGCACUAUCCAACUCCCACCUCAAUGCUUGAGCUCUUAUUCUUACGCUCAUCGCCACGAUAUUCACUGCCGUCUACAGCCUCCGGCUGAUUAUUUUUGUAGCCCUCGGAAACCCACGAACCCCUCGAUCCAUCUUCCAAAUGAACGAAGUUGACCCCGCCAUCACUAACCCUAUCAAACGCCUUGCCUGAGGAAGCAUCCUCGCUGGUCUAUUAAUUACCUCAAACAUUAUCCCCUUAAAAACACCAGAAAUAACUAUGCCAGACGAGGUAAAAACAGCCGCCUUAAUAGUUACCCUCCUUGGCUUUUUACUAGCCUUAGACCUGGGGAAUUUAACAGGCCACCAACUCAAGUCAACCACUCAGCGCCCAGUUUACCUAUUCUCCAAUCUGCUGGGGUUCUUCCCCCCCAUUAUACACCGCCUCUCCCCAAAACUUAGUCUAAGCUUCGGACAAAUAGUUGCCUCCCAAAUAACAGACCAAACUUGACUAGAAAAAACAGGCCCUAAAGCAGUAACUUCUAUUAAUAUAUCUCUCGUCACAACUACUAGUAAUGCACAACAAGGGUUGAUUAAGACAUAUCUCGCCCUAUUCUUAGUUACUAUUAUCCUCGCCACACUACUAGUUAGCCUCUAA